AACAUGAUUUCGUUAAUGCCUAUAAAGGAUGCGAGGCGAGGCGUGGACGAUGAAAACCAAACUUUAGGAAUCAGGCCAACCGUUUCUUACCUUUCUAACUUUCCAUCAAAUACCCAAUCCCCUUCCCUUUCUUCUUCUCUUAACGUAAUUCUUCAUCUCCUCCUUCAAGCAAUAUUCCUGAUCUGCUCAAAACUGAAAACCCCCUCCCAUGCUUUCUCCAUAAAACAACAGGAAGAAGGAAACGCAAUGGAAGGAAACAACUCCUCUUACGGUACAUCAUGGGCCGAUCAGUGGGACUACAGCGACCCAACCCCUGUCAGCACCACUCAGAACAAAAACACGAAGAGCAGCACCGCAAAGUACAAGCAGAAGGUAGGAGAAGGGCUUGGGAAGACCAAAGCGGUGGCUUCAACUGGGGUGAAGAAGGUCAAAGAAGGAACCUCUUUGGGAAUUCAUUGGAUCAAAGAAAAGUACCACAAGACCACCCAGAAACACUAGGAAUAGGAUUCUCUCCUGCAACCCUCAUACCAUGUUAAGCUUGAGUUGGACUUUAAGCUUUGGUUAUUCUCUUUUGGUUUGUAUACUAGCUUUUGUAAUUGUCUUCAUAUUUUACUCAUGAUAUGAAUCAUUUGUUUAUUGCUUUGUUUUUGAUGUAAAUAAAUGAAUAUAAAGGCCGCAUGGGCUGUUGUAAUAUUUGAGAUCUGAAACUUUGAUGUCCAUAUCUUUU